CUUAUAAAGGAUUCAACUUAAUAUAAAUAAGUGGCAAAAUGAAAAACUUUUUACUUUUUAUUUUUAUAUUGUACUUAAUAACAAGCUUAAGUUAUCAACAAAUAAAUUUACAGUGCUCCUAUGUUUGUUAUUUUCUAAAUUUUUUUAACCAUAAUGAAAGAUUUUUAUUAGAAUUCGAAAAAAAAAAAGAUUAUAUUACAAUCGAAAAUAUUAUGACCUAUGGCAAGGCACUACAAACACACGGUAAAGUAAUUAUGAUAUUUUUGGAUGACUUGAUAAACAAACAUAGAACUAUGUGUCCUUUAAUUUUGAUCACGAUAAAUAUGUACUUCAAUAAUGUUUCUGAAACUUUAAAUAUGAUUGCUCAAAACGAUGACGGGGGGAAAAAUGAUGCUGAAAAAUUAUUAAAAGGCUAUAAAAUUAUACAUUUUACAGUUAAAGAACAACUAGAAAUGAAACUUAAUAAAUAUUGUUGUAAUAUACCAAUUGAUGAUUAUAUGGUUAGUUGCAAACCUCCUAUCAGUGAAAAUGAAUAUACUAUUACUAAUUUAAUCAACAAAAAUAAUGAUCUCAAAGAUAGCGUACUGACGAAGUUUAAUUUAUCAGAAGACAGGAAUUCAUACGAAAUUUUCCAUCCGAAAAAUAUUCUGUUUUACGAUUUAAUGACUCCACAGAUUAUUUACAACAAAAAUAAUACUAUAAAAAUAGAUAAUAGUCAACAUAUAGAAUUAAAUUUACUUCGAUUUACACCACUUAAAUUCUCAAACCGUACUAGCUUAACUAUACAAGAUGUAUUUGAAUAUAUGAAAUAUAAUUUUUAUUCUUUAGACGUUAUAAAAUAUAUCAAAAUGGUAAUUAUAGCUUCGUUUCGACCAAUAGCUAUUCUUAUUCGCAACUUCAUAACCUUAAUUCAUGUUGCAUCUUCAAAAAAUUCAAAUAGUGUGACAUCUUGGAUAAAAAAUCAUUUAAUUGGCAUGGGUCACAUAAUAAUAAAAUAUAUAAAAAAAUUCGAUACUCUAGGUCUGUUCAAUCAUAAUAAGUCAUUUCUGAGAUACAAGAUCUUAAAAAGAUUUAUUAAAGCCUUAAACAAUUACACUAAUUAUAAAAAGUUAUCCGAAAUUGAUAUUGAAUAUAAUAAUAAAUUAAUUAAAGUACUUUCGAAUUUCUUUAUCAAAAACAAAUUAUACUUUACAACUAAUAUAGUUCUAAGCAAUGAAAAUAUUAAUAAAAAUAAUGUUGAUGAAAUUAAAAAUCAAUUAGAAAAAAUAAUCCAAAAAGUUGGUAUCUAUAUGAACGAUUUGCAAAAAUGGAGUAACCAUAUUAAUUUAAUUAAAGACAAAUGUAGUUCAAUUUGGUUUUAUAAUAAUAUUAAAAUUAAUCAUUUUAUUACUUCUAAAGUUUUAGAUAGUAUUUGUAGGUCUGAAACACAUUCUGAAAUAUACAAUGCUAGUACGAAUGAUAUCAAUAAAAUUGAUAUAGGAUUUUAUGAAGACGUGGAAGAUGAUUAUAAUUAUUAUUGGAAGAUUAUUACAGAAAUUAACUCAAAAGAGUUAAAAGAUGAUCAUAAUAAAAGUGAAAAUGAUAUAAAUGACUCUCUUAAAGAUCAAUCAAAUAAUAAUCUUCUCUGUAUGUUUCAUUAUUUGCCGUACAACGAGUAAAAUGAAACUAUUAAAAUUUGUUUUAUAAUGUAAAUUGUAUAUUGUCAUACUUAUUUGCAAAGAUUUUAUUUUUUCCUUUUUAUUAUGCAACAUUAUUCUUUUAACGCUAGUCACUCAAUAUCUAAUUUUUUAAUUCAUCCAUUAUUCCUUAUUAAGAAGUUAACUUUAUUUUUAAAUAACAAAAUAAAUAUUUCAUUAUUUUUUAAAUUAAAAUAUAAUUUAAUUGAGAAAAAAUACUAGGUGAUAACAACUUUUGAGCUACUAUUGUUAAUUAUUACCAUUUUAUAAAUAUUGACUUAUGGUGAGGCAUAUACACAUAUCAAUAUACAGAAAUGCAAAUUAAUAAUAUUAUAUCAUAUUUUGAAUCACUUAAUGUAUUUUAAUUAAUUAAUUUACAACGGCUUCCAUUUUUAUAUUGCCUAAAGACAAAAUGUUUAAUAUUUACAAGAGUAUUGAUAUUAACAAAUAAUUUAAAAAUGCAUUUAUUUAUUUUAAAAACCUAACCACAGUCUUA